CUGUUUUCGGCUUUUGAGAAACCACAACAGCUAUUGUGUCUUCCGGCAGUUUCCGGCUCAGAGAGAUCAGCAUCAGAGGGGGAAGAGGCAGUUUGCUCUGCCUCCUUCUGAGUAGAACUUGCAGCUUCUUCUUUCUCAGGACUCUCUGUCUCUGCUGAGCAGACCAGCAUCUCCUCAUGGAUCCAAGAACAUCUUAUGCAUCUCUAGUGAAAGGAAUCCAGUCUUUUCAAGUCAAGGGAGAUUUCAAUCCUUGUGAACUUCUGCUGACAGGUGACCAAGCUUUCCCAGUCCUUGUGAGCACAAACGGGCAGGUCCUCAUCGCUGCGUCGCAGUAUGGGAAAGGCCGGAUGGUGGUCGCUGCACACGAGUCAAUUCUCCAGCUUCCCCAAUUCUUGCCGUUCCUUAAAAAUGCUCUGGAGUGGCUCAAGCCAUCCUCAACAGCUCCAGUGGGUGUCCACCCGAGCCUGCACACCCUUUCUGAGAUGCUCCUUAGCAACGGUGUCAAGGUGCAGGCUGACAUGACGCUGGCCGACUCUCUAGGGGUGUACUGCAUUGAUGCCUAUGACGACACACUCGCCGAGGAUCUGGUGCUCUUCAUCAAGAACGGCAAGGGACUGCUCAUCGGAGGGCAAGCGUGGUAUUGGUCAUACACGCACGGUGCCAAGAAAGUCGUGACCGCAUUUCCUGGAAACAAGGUGACCAGCGUGGGUGGAGUCUACUUCACGGCCAACGAGGGACAGAACGGGGACUUCCCGGUCCCCAAGGAAAUGCCAAGUAUUCCCUUGAUCACCCGGCACAGACUGAACACUGAAGAGGAUUUAAAGAUUCUUCUAAAUGGAGUAACUCAAUUCAACAUACACGGUGACAACCCUGCAGGGCGCGCGAUCCCUGCCCGCCUCCUCAUCCAUGGAACUUUAGCCUUUCCGGUCGGCAUAACCGAUUCCCACCUGGCCUUUCUCGGGGCCGCGUACUAUGGCAGGGGCCGCGUUGUGGUGGCCUCCCACGAAGCCCUACUAGAGGCAGCAUCUAUGGAAGCUUUCCUGGUCAAUGCCAUCCGCUGGCUUACUGAUGGAAAAGGAGGCAUGGUUGGCAUCACACAGAGCCUGCAGAAUCUGUAUUCCAUCUUGAACAAGGCCACGAUUCCAUGCGCGUUCACUAACCUCAAGCACGGCCUGGCUGUUUAUUGCUGCACGGCCUACAGUGACGCCGAGAGGGAGAAAAUCCACGAGUUUGUCUCCGAAGGAGGAGGUCUCCUAAUUGGAGGGCAAGCUUGGAUAUACAGAUACCCCAAUGCCAGUGCCAUCAAGGGGUACCCAGGAAACAAGAUACUUAACAAGUUUGGAAUCGCGAUCACGGGUGAGACGCUUGAUGUAUCCAGCGAAAGUUGUCCUGCAGGAGAGGCUGGCAAUGUCGCCUUGAGCUACCACUUCCGGAAAGCGCUCUCCCAAUUGAAGGAAUGUGUUCACGACAAUCACAUUCUACAGCCAAAGUCUUGUUCGGAUCUCAACAGGGUGGCACAAGAUUUUGCUGCAUUUGUAGACGUCCCAGCUGCCAACUUGCCUGCCUUCUCCUCAGUCCACAUGGCGAUAGUUGAGGUAGUCCAACUCUGUGGGAUUCCUGAUGUCUCUGCACAUAAGCCGGUCAAAUCCAACUCGGCUGAAGCAGCUUUACUCAACUUGGCUUGGACAAUCUACAACAUCCUACCGGCGUUCCAACACCUCGUGCCCAGCCUCGUGGAAACUUUCCCCACAGCGGCUCCUCAAACCAUUUGGAUAAAUGGGAAGAAUGACGGACCAGAAGCGUGGAGAAGCACCGGCAUGUACAUUCCUCCAGCAAAAACUGCCACCUUGGACUUCCCACCCACGGCCAUUGGGGCUAAAUUACAGGUACAGAUCGGUUGUCAUUCCGAUAACCUGAGUAAAGCCAAAAAACUGAGACGCCCUCCCGUGAUGGUAAGGAGAUUUGAAGUCAAGAGCUGCAGGAUGGAGGUUUCCAGUCUGUGGGGCGGCCUGCUGUACAUCGUAUUGCCAGAAAAGUCUUCCCUCGGCUCUCUGCCUGUCACCAUCAAAGGGGCCACACUGGCUCCUUAUUAUAAGCAAGGCGAGACCAAUUUGGACUUCUGGAAGAGCACCAUCUGCCACUACCCUGCUCCGUGGGCUGAGCUAGAAACCGAGAAUAUCAUCUUGACGUUUCCCUCGGAUGAAGCGCGCAGCAUCAGCGACCCCGAGCUCCUGCUCAACACCUGGGCCCAGAUCAUGAAGGCGGUAGCCAAACUGGCAUCCAUCCCACCAGUGUUUCCCAGACCGGAGAGAAUCGUGACCGACGUUCAAAUAUCUCAUGGUUGGAUGCACGCUGGCUACCCAAUCAUGGCCGACGUGAGGGCACUGCAAGAGAUCACAGAUGUGCAGGCCUUCUUCGCCAAAGGGACCUGGGGCCCAAUCCACGAGCUCGGUCACAACCAGCAAAGGGAGGCAUGGGACUUCUGGCCUCACACCUCUGAAGCCACUUGCAAUCUCUGGUCCGUCUAUGCCAAUGAGACGGUGCUGAAUAUUCCAAGGCACAAAGCCCAUCCGGACCUUAAACCGCAUCUAAGGCAGAAGAGGAUCCAGGACUACAUUCGAAACGGAGCGCAGCUGAAAGACUUCGAAGUGUUCACUGCUCUGGAGCCUUACCUGCAGCUGCAGGAAGCAUUUGGAUGGGAGCCCUACAUCCGCAUCUUUGCCAAGUACCAAACGAAGACUGACAUCCCACCUGACAACAAAUCAAAGAUGAAUCUCUGGGCUGAAAUGUUCUCCCAGCAAGUGCAGAAAAAUCUGGGACCUUUCUUCAAAGCUUGGGGGUGGCCCAUCAAGGUCGAGAUUUCCCACAAGCUGGCCACAAGCUACCCUCCAUGGGCAGAGGAUCCAAUGAGCCAAUACAGAUGUUGCUAAAAGCCCAAGAGUGAAAUUUGCAUACAUGGAAUUGCUUGCGUUUGAAGUGCUUCAGCUAUGGGGGAACAGAGAAAUGGAAAAAUGAAUCCUGAGAUUCAGCCGACAUAAAUAAGACCCUUAGGCAUAAACAACAAUAGUCCUACUUGGCUAUUGCGCUGCCCUUGAAGAUGGUCCGGAGACGUCAAUUGGUUCAGAACAGAGUAGCCAUGAUGCGAACAGGGACCGGCAGAUAUGCAUAUAUUACACCGGUCUCGUCCCAUCUGCCCUGGCUUCCAAUUGAAGUCCAGGCACAAUUUAUGACUUAUAAAGCCCUAACUGGCUUAGAACCUGGAUAUUUGAAGGAGUGCCUCCUUCCAUACAUACCUGCCCACCCCUAAGA